AUGCGGCUUCUGGAGGCGGCGUUGCGUCAGCUCGCCUCUUCGCAGCGCCGCUUGGCCGACUGUCUGCCCAGCUACAGUCGCAUCUGCCUGCCUCGCUUGGAGACCAGCCUCUGGUUGUCGGACGACUGGAUGCGACGACUCGUCGCGCCUCUCGUACGUCGUGCCGCCGCGCCGUCCGCCGCCUCGACACUGACCGAUCGGCACGACCUUCCCGGUCUGGCGUUCGAGCUCGCCGACACAGCCGCCGUUGGGGCGCUGCGAAGGCGAAUAGGCGACGAGUUGAGUCGAGGUGGGUUUGCGGUAGCUCGCUUUCACACUCCAGCAAUCGCAUCACCACGGCCCAUCUGA